AUGGAUAGGAGCUCCUUGCUGCAGCUCAUCCAGGAGCAGCUUGAUCCAGACAACACCGGUUUCAUUGGCGUAGAGACCUUCGCCAGCCUGGUGCACAGCCAUGAGCUGCCCCUGGAUCCUGCCAAGCUGGAGAUGCUGGUGGCUCUGGCCCAGAGCAACGAUGAAGGGCAGAUCUGCUAUCAGGAGCUGGUAGACCUGGUCAGUAACAUUAGCAGUAAACGUUCCAGUAGCUUCAAACGAGCCAUUGCCAAUGGGCAGAGGGCACUGCCCCGGGAUGUGCUGCUGGACGAGACUGGCCUGGGCUUCUACAAGCGCUUUGUCCGCUACGUGGCCUAUGAGAUCCUGCCCUGCGAGAUGGACCGGCGCUGGUACUUCUAUCAGCACCGCACCUGCCCUCCGCCCAUUUUCAUGGCAGCCGUCACUCUGACCCAGAUCAUCGUGUUCCUCUGCUACGGGGCCCGGCUGAACCGGUGGGUCCUGCAGACCUACCACCCAGAGUACAUGAAGAGCCCACUGGUGUACCACCCGGGGCACCGAGCCCGGGCCUGGAGAUUCUUCACCUACAUGUUCAUGCACGUUGGGCUGGAACAGCUGGGAUUCAAUGCCCUCCUUCAGCUGAUGAUUGGGGUCCCCCUGGAGAUGGUCCAUGGCAUCUUACGCAUCAGCUUCCUCUACCUGGCGGGAGUGCUGGCAGGCUCCCUGACUGUCUCCAUCACAGACAUGAGGGCCCCUCUGGUCGGAGGCUCGGGGGGUGUCUAUGCCCUCUGCUCCGCUCACCUGGCCAACGUUGUCAUGAACUGGGCGGGGAUGCGUUGCCCAUACAAGCUGCUCCGGAUGGUCCUGGCUCUGGUGUGCAUGAGCUCUGAGGUGGGCCGUGCCGUUUGGCUCCGUUUCUCUCCGCCCCUGGCAGCCUCUGGCCCCCAGCCCAGCUUCAUGGCCCAUCUGGCAGGCGCCAUCGUGGGCAUCAGCAUGGGGCUGACCAUCCUGCGCAGCUAUGAGGAGAACCUGCAGGACCAGUGUGUCUGGUGGGUGGUGCUGCUCUCCUACGCCACCUUCCUCGUCUUCGCUGUCUUCUGGAACAUAUUCGCUUAUGACCUGUUGGGGACACAGAUCCCUCCUCCACCGUAG